GGAGGUGCUUCCGGGACAGAGGGCGGGCAAGAUGGCGGCGCCCAUGGAGCUGUUCUGCUGGUCGGGGGGCUGGGGUUUGCCGUCAGUGGACCUGGACAGCCUGGCGGUACUGACCUAUGCCAGAUUUACUGGUGCCCCACUCAAAGUACACAAGAUCACCAACCCCUGGCGGAGCCCUUCAGGGACUUUGCCUGCCCUUCGAACCAGUCAUGGAGAGGUCAUCUCGGUACCACACAAGAUCAUCACCCACCUUCGAAAAGAGAAGUACAAUGCCGAUUAUGAUCUGUCUGCCCGACAAGGGGCAGACACCUUGGCCUUCAUGUCUCUGCUGGAGGAGAAGCUGCUCCCAGUGCUGGUACAUACAUUUUGGAUAGAUGCCAAGAACUAUGUGGAAGUGACCCGGAAGUGGUAUGCAGAGGCCAUGCCCUUUCCCCUCAACUUCUUCCUGCCUGGCCGCAUGCAGCGGCAACACAUGGAGCGGCUGCAGCUGCUGUGUGGGGAGCACAGGCCUGAGAAUGAGGAAGAACUGGAGAAGGAGCUGUACCAAGAGGCUCGGGAAUGCCUGACCCUCCUCUCUCAGCGCCUGGGCUCUCAGAAAUUCUUCUUUGGAGACGCCCCCGCCUCCCUGGAUGCCUUUGUCUUUAGCUACCUGGCCCUGCUGCUGCAGAUAAAGCUGCCCAGUGGGAAGCUCCAGGCCCACCUGCGGGGGCUGCACAACCUCUGUGCCUAUUGCACCCACAUUCUCAGCCUCUAUUUUCCCUGGGAUGGAGGUAAGGGGCAGAUCGAGGGCUGUGGGUGCCAGCCCUUGGGGGAGUGGGCAGGGAUCCAGGCACUGGCCUCCUUGCCCACCUUUCUUCCUUGUCCCUCAGCUGAGAUGCCGCCUCCACGCCAGACAUCAGUAGGGUCAGAGACUGAGGAGGAGCCGUACCGGCGCCGGUACCAGAUCCUAUCCGUGUUGGCGGGGCUGGCGGCCAUGGUGGGCUACGCCUUGCUCAGUGGCAUUGUCUCUAUCCAGCGGGCAGCGCCUGCCCGGACCCCAGGCACACGGGCCUUGGGCAUGGCUGAGGAAGAUGAGGAGGAAUGAUUUGCCCUCAUGCUCCCAGGAGUGAUUUUUCUACUGUCAUGCAUUCCAGAGGUCCCUGUGUCUCCCCGUUGUCAGUCCAGCCAGAAAUGGGUCACCCACCCGCUCACAAUAAACCUGCUCACGUUGACUGGGA